GAUUAACCCUUACUCGGGCUGCGAGGAAGCCCGAUCGUAGGAGUGUCAGACGGAGCCAAGCGCCCGCGCAGAGUGCAUGGCUGCCCGAGGUGCCGCCUCCGAGCCGCCGAGAGCCGCUUUACUACCGCCAGCAGCAGCGGUGUCUCCGGCAACGCCCCGGCCUAGCCUCAGUCCAUCCGCCGCGGCUAACUUAGACCAAGCUACUGCGGCCGCUUAUGCCGGACAUUUCUCGAUCACAAGUGGGAUUUCUGAAAAAAAGAGAAAAAGAAAACUAGAAAGAGCUUUGAUGGAUCAGAAACUGUUGAUGACCGAUGCAAAUUACAAUCAUAAGAUAUCCGGAAUUCCAUGCGUUGCAGCAGCCUCUCGAUACACAGCUCCUGUCCAUAUAGACGUCGGUGGUUCCAUCUAUACUUCAUCUUUAGAGACGCUUACAAAGCAUCCAGACUCACGACUUGCAAGAAUGUUCAAUGGAAGCAUACCAAUAGUUUUAGACAGUCUGAAACAGCAUUAUUUCAUCGAUCGUGACGGCAAAAUGUUCCGGCAUAUUCUGAAUUUUAUGCGCACUAAUAACUUAUCGCUUCCGGAUGAUUUUAAUGAACUUGACUUACUGUAUGAAGAAGCCCGUUUUUACGAUAUUCCUGCCAUGGUUCGACAAAUUGAACAAUUAAAACGAGAACGCAGUAAGAAAAAAGUUGAAGCAACAUGUUCCUCUAGUUCAUCUUCUCAGUCCAGAAAUGGUCGUAGAUAUCACGACAGCCAGAAUAAUAUGCACAGUGAAUGCAGCAGUAGUCCAGGAUAUGACGAACGUGGUCCAGGCGAAUUUCAGUGUCUUGCCCUCAACGUUAGUCCAGAUCUAGGUGAGAGGAUUGUAAUCAGUGGAGAAAGAGCUUUAGUAGAAGAGGUCUUUCCAGAAAUUGGACAACCCUUGAUGGACGCAAGAAGCAGUGUGGCUUGGAACCAGGACUCCAAACACGUAAUUCGUUUCCCUCUCAAUGGUUACUGUAAACUAAACUCUCUGCAAACUAUCGUGAGACUCUUAAACGGUGGUUUUCGAAUAUUAGCAUCUAAUGGUGGAGGUGUGGAAGGACAGCAAUUCAGUGAAUAUUUAUUUGUCCGUAGAUGCGCCCCUCUAUGAAAUGAGGGUUCAAACAAUUUUUGAACACUGUGAUUUCACCACUUUUACCAUUUCGAACUGUGAAAUGCUGACAGUAUUUUGGGGGGCUAUGUAUAAAAGCGCAAGUCCUAGUGUAAGAAUCCUAAAUUAUACGGAUGAGAACUAGGUUUCCGCAGAUUAAGGUGCCAAUAUAUAGAAGUGUAAAUUAUAUCUCCAUUGUUGCUGAAUUUUAAGUCUUGUUAACAAGUGUUGAUUUGGUAUCCGUUGGAAUAUGUCUUUCGUGCAAAUAUAAACUGUUGAACCAAAUUAUAUGAUUAAAAGGGAAAAGAUCUCAAUUUCAGUUCUACAAACAUUUGUCUGUCUUAUCACGGGAGAACUGUAAAGAGCAAGGUUGCUUCAUAUAUUAGCACAGCUAAUCAUAGUCACGUCUUAAGCAUUAAUUUACUUUCACUCUGAUAAAAUGUACUUGUAUUUCCAAUGUCAUUUGUAACCUCACUAUGUAAGUUAUCAUUUUUUUAACAUAUUUCUAAGCAAAUAACGAAUUGUGCUAAGGAGAUUUAACAGUCUGAAAAUUUGCAUGUUUUACUUUAGAGCUAGCUAAAAAAAUUGCAUUCUGAAUCGAAAGUGCUAGUCAAGAUUAUUCCUUUCAUAGACAAAUACAAGAAAAUGACCCUCAAAAACUUCAUUAUAAAACAAAAUGCAGGCAGUUCUGAAAUCUGAAGGAAAUUUUUAUGAAUCCAGAGUCAGCAUAUUUUUAUCUUUUGGAAAUUUCACAAUACGAUCACCUUCAUUUGCUAUCAUUUGACAAGGAAUCUUAAUUUCGCAUUAUUAUACGUAUUCUUAAUGGGAAACGUACUACGCCUGUGAAAUACGAGGCGUAUUCGGAAACUAAAUACCGUUUUGGAGAAAAAAAAUUGUAAAACAAUUUUUUCGAAUCCAAUUUUAUUUUUACAUGAAAAUACAUGUCUUAAACUAUUUUUCAACAUAGUUUC